ACCACCACCAUAUUGAGUAAAAGGGCAAAGACCAAGACCACCUAGAAAUGCCCUCAGUGUGCAACAUCCAUGUUUGACCAAUCACAGAUUCAGGAAUCCAAAGAGGGCUUCAGUGUGACUGACCAGAACAGGGAUGGCUUCAUUGACAAGGAAGAUUUGCAUGACAUGCUUGCCUCAUUGGGGAAAAAUCCAACUGAUGCACACCUGGGUGCCCAGAUGAAUAAGGCCCCAGGACUGAUCAAUUUCACCAUGUUCCUCACCAUGUUUGGUGAGAAGUUAAAUGAUCCCGAAGAUGUCAUCAGGAAUGCUUUUGUUUGCUUUGAUGAAGGAGCUACUGGCACCAUUCAGGAGGAUUACCCAAGAGAGCUGCUGACCACCAUGGGCAAUCGGUUUAUAGACGAGGAAGUGGCUGAGCUGUACAGAGAAGCCCCUAUUGAUAAAAAGGGGAAUUUCAAUUACAUUGAGUUCACAUGCAUCCUUAAACAUGGAGCAAAAGACAACCGUGACUGA